AUGAUUUUACUGUUACUUUCAUUUGCUUUAUCGAUCACCAUGGCACAAUGGGGUCCACCACCGCCGUGGUGGCGAGGUGGCUUUGGAAGACCUUGGCAUCAUCGACAUCAUCACGGACCAUGGGGACCAUGGGGCCCUCCGCCACCGGGCUGGCGCGGUGGGAUGGGUGGAAAGAUGGGCAUGCGAGGAAUGGAUGGGAUGAAUGGGAUGAAUGGGAUGAACGGGAUGAAUGGAAGAGAUGGUAAUCGAGGCAUGGGUGGAUUCGAUGAGAGUCAGAUGAACAACCAGGGAAACAAUGCCGGACAACAGACGAGUUUUCAAAAAGAUCGGCAAUUUGGUGGAGGAGAAAACCAAGGCGGACAGCAACAAAUGAACUGGGGCAAUCAAUGGAAUAACGGCGGUGGACAAGAACAGCCAAACGUUCAACAAUGGAAUAAUAAUCAACAGUCACAGCCGUCUCCUCCAAUGGAAAGACCGAUGUCGACGGGUCGAUUUGACUCAAGAGGACCGCCGGGACUCGAUCAAGCCCCACCCCCACCUCCACCCACUCCACCGCCACCACCAACAAUCCCUGCUUCAUUCACGGUGAGAUCCGGCUUCACUCCACCCCCGCAAGCGUCCGUUCCCGAGAUUCCCCCACCACCCGGAAAA